UCCCAUCCUGUCACAAUGAGACCCUCACACCUACUGACCCGUAGAACCAUCACCCGUCUACGCACCCUCUCACCCCUCUCACAGCAUCCAUCUCCCUCGCCUUCAGCCUCAUCCACCUCCCGCUUCUCAACAGACGCAGCCUCCCACCCGUCCAACCGCGUGCAAAUCCACCUCUCCCGCUCAACAGACGCCCUGCUCAACCUCUCCGUCGAGCACCGCCUCCUGCAAAUCACGCCCCCGGACUCGACCGUCCUCACGCUCUACGUCAACUCCCCCAGCAUCGUCUUUGGCCGCAACCAGAACCCGUGGCUGCAGGUCAACCUCAACCGCCUCGCGCAGAUUGCGCAGCAGCAGAAGAAGAAGAACAACACGUCCGCUGCUGCUGCUGCUGCUGCUGAUGCUGCUACCGGCUGGAAUGACGCCGCAGCGAUCCAGUUGGUGCGUCGAAGGUCGGGAGGAGGCGCCGUCUUUCAUGAUGGUGGCAAUGUCAAUUUCAGCGUGAUUUGCCCUCCCGAGCAGUUUGAUCGCAACAAGCACGCGGAGAUGGUGGUGCGCGCGUUAAAGGCGCUGUCGAGGCCGAACACGCGCGUCAACGAGAGACACGACAUUGUCAUGGACGUGGCUUCGUCGUUGUCGUCAUCGUCAUCGUCGUCGAGCACAGAAAAGGCGGCAACAUACAAAGUCUCGGGCUCGGCGUACAAGCUCACGCGUCUGCGGUCGCUGCAUCACGGCACCUGUCUUCUUCGAAGUCCCAACCUGUCGAGCAUUUCCGAGUUGCUGCGGUCUCCUGCUCAGGGAUACUUGGAUGCUCGUGGUGUGGACAGCGUGCGGAGUCCUGUGCGGAACGUCGAUGUGGACAAUGACGAGUUCAAGGAUGCGGUUGUGAGGGAGUUUGAGAGCAUGUACGGAGAGGUGCAUCUGCGUGAUGAGUUUGAUGACGAUGCAGCGCUGCAGGUGGAGGAGGUUCGGAAGGGGUAUGAGGAGCUCGGUUCGAAGAGCUGGACUUGGGGCCAGACGCCGCGGUUUACCUUUUCGACGCAUCCUACGCAGGAGGAUCCGCGGCCGCGGGCGGAGGUGCCG